GUAACAGUAAUUCAAGUAUUCAAGACAUUUAGCUUCAUAUGUGUUCUCUUUUGAAUUGAAGUUGCCAAAAUUCUGGAUAAACGCCUGCUGACCCAGAUUUCUUAUUGGGGUUAGGGAUUGGAGGAGGUGUUGGAAGAACUUGCUGAAAGUUUAUCAAGAUAAACUGUGCUCUAAAGUUUGUUUAGGCCAUUGAUAUUUCUAGUCUGGGUUAUUUGGAUUCUACAACUUUUCGACAAAAGAUGUAGGAAUUUUGACGGUUGAAUCACAAAAGUGGAAAAUGGCCACUGAAAGCCCAAUUAGAAUCAUGGAAACAAGUGGAAAAUGGCCAUCACACAAUGAAAUGGCGGCAUUCGGGAAACCAUCUAACAAUAUGGGCAUUGAGGACCUUGGAUCACUCUUGAAGGGCCAAAGUUUUCAAGAAAAACAGAGGGCUUUGGCUCCUAAUCGUAGUGGAAGCGCACCUCCAAGCAUGGAAGGUUCAUUUGCAGCUAUCGAGAACCUCAUGUUUAGACAUAAAAUUGCUGAAAAUGCAAGUCCAAAUAGUCAUACUGACACGUGUCAGUCUGAAGAACAACUUCGUGCAGAUCCUUCUUAUUUUGCAUAUUACUCGGCCCAUGUUAAUUUAAACCCCAGACUCCCUCCACCUCUAAUUUCUGAUGAAAAUCGACAUCUCUUUCGUAAUGUAGCAAGUACAGGAAAUAAUCGAAGAUUGCCAUCUUUUGAUGAUUCUAGUGGCUCUUUCCGCUUGACUCAGAGUAACCUUUCUACUCACAGGGAAGAGUCAGAUGAUGAUCGAUCACCAAAACAGGAAGAUUUUCCUCGAGCUCCAUCACCUUUGCAGUCUCGCUCAUAUAGACAUGAAACAAUCGAGGAAGCAUAUAAUCAUGAUGGUGAUGAUACGGGGCAACUUUUGUACUCUGAUCCUGCAACUGCAGCUAUUUCAAGUUCAUCAUCAUUAGAUAGUAGAGUGGGCAUGCCAUCCCUUAACAUGAGUCCGAUCAGCCAUUCAGAAGAUGAUGUUUCAUCCGUUGCAGGUAUAACAAAUGGAAUUGUUGCCAUUGAUGUUUUGGAAAGUCAAAGAGAGCAACAGCAGAGAAGUAUGUUCCACGUUCAUGGCCACCAUCCUCAAAUAGUUUCACAAGGUCAAACAUAUAUUGGCAUGAAUCAUUUUCUUCAAAGUCCCUCCAAUUUCUCCUCUGAGGUACAACGGGUACUUCAGUCAUCGGGAUUGACACCACCGUAUGCAUCUGGUUCAGCAUACAUGAUGUCAGGAAAUCAUGUUUACCCAAACAUGGUUCCAUCUGGAUACUUUCCUCAACAAUACUUAGGUGGAUAUGCAUUCAAUCCCGCAUCUAUUUCACCUUAUGUAACUGGAUAUCUCCCUACUGGUCCUGCUCCUAUGCCUUUUGACAUAAAUGGUUCUCCAAGCUUUAUUGGUCAGAAUCAAACUUCUGGAGUUAAUUUGCAACAUUUGAACAAGUUUUAUGGGCAUCUUGGGUUACCGAUUCAAUCUCCAUUUGGUGAAAGUUUGCAGCUUUCUACUCAUGGAGAUGACCAGAUACAGAAACAGCAACAUUUAGGAAUCAUGGGCCACAGCAACUUGAACUUUGGGAGCCCAACCAACAUGGGUGUUCUGCAGUUUCCAACCUCAACGUUUGCUAGUCCACCUAUGCCAGGAUCCCCGAUAGGUGGGAUCGGUUUCCCUGGUGGGAGAAAUGGAAUUAGGCCAUCAUCUAGUCCGUAUGCUGGAUGGCAAGCACAUAGUGGACGUCAGGUUUUCAAAGAUCCAAAAACUUAUUCUUUUCUUGAAGAACUGAAAUCUGGUAAAGGUCGCAGGCUUGAGCUUUCUGAUAUUUUUGGGCACGUCGAUGAAUUCUGUGGUGAUCAACAUGGAAGUCGAUUCAUUCAACAGAAGUUGGAAAUAUGUAGCAUUGAGGAGAAAGAAUCUGUAUUUAAGGAAGUUCUUCCAAAUGCUUCCAGUUUAAUCACUGAUGUUUUUGGUAACUAUGUCAUCCAAAAGUUUUUUGAGUAUGGAAGUGGUGAGCAAAGGAGGGAGCUUGGAAACCAGCUUGAAGGUCAGAUAUUGCCUUUAAGUCUGCAGAUGUAUGGCUGCCGAGUGAUCCAAAAGGCCCUUGAUGUUAUCGAGCUAGAACAAAAGAUCAAGCUUGUUCUUGAGCUGGAUGGACAUGUCUUGAGAUGUGUUCGUGAUCAGAACGGAAAUCAUGUGAUACAGAAGUGUAUAGAGAGUAUACCAAUGGAGAAAAUAAAAUUCGUGAUCUCAUCUUUUCGUGGUCAAGUUGCAGCCCUUUCAACACAUCCAUAUGGGUGCCGUGUCAUACAGAGGGUUCUAGAACACUCUACAGAUGAAUUACAUAGCCAAUUUAUAGUCAAUGAGAUACUGGAAUCUGUUUAUACUCUUGCACAGGAUCAAUAUGGCAAUUAUGUGACUCAGCAUGUGCUGAAGAGGGGAAAGCCUGAGGAAAGAAGCCAAAUCGUGCACAAGUUGGCCGGUCAUGUUGUACAACUGAGCCAACAUAAAUUUGCAUCAAAUGUCAUCGAGAAGUGUUUGGAAUAUGGCGAUUCUGCAGCAAGGGGAAUCCUGAUCGAAGAGAUUGUUGGUCUUGGUGAUAAUAGCGAAAACUUAUUGGCGAUGGUGAAAGACCAAUUUGCGAAUUAUGUCAUCCAGAAGGUUCUUCAAACAUGCAUGGGAGACCAACGAGAAGUGUUGCUUGGUCGUAUAAAGAUUCAUCUCAAUUCAUUGAAGAAAUAUACUUACGGAAAACAUAUUGUCACUCGCUUUGAACAACUGUACGACGAAGAAGUUGAGGCAUCCGGUUCGUGACCGAUUACAGAAACUGGAAAACGGAAAAGGUAUAUUCGAGGCAUGGGAUGGUUAGGAAGUGACGAAAAUAUCGAACUAUGAGUCGAUAUAUAUAGAUGGUUUUUUAACAAUCAUGAUGCACAGGAUGCAGAAUAGUGAUGAUCCUCCUUGCAGCUGCAAAUUUGUGAACCAUUUUUUUCAAGUGUGUGGUGGUUUGAAUAUAUAUUUUUCUAAACUUAAAAUGGUUAAAAUAGAUCGAGAUUGAAGAUCACAUGAGAAUUUUAUCUUUUGUGAGAA